AUCAUGCAUGAGGAUUGGUGCUGGAAGAACAAGAGCCUGGAGGUGGAAGUGCUAGAGGAUGACGUGUCUGCAGUUGAGUUCAGGCAGACAGGCUACAUGCUGAGAUGUUCCCUGUCUCACGCCAUCACUCUGGAAUUUUAUCAGGAUGGAAAUGGACGUGAGAAUGUGGGGAUUUAUAACCUCUCCAAAGGAGUCAACUGAUUCUGCCUGUCCAAGCCUGGUGUGUACAAAGUGACCCCUCGCUCCUGCCACCGGUUUGAGCAAGCGUUCUACACCUAUGACACGUCUUCACCUAGUAUCUUGACAUUGACAGCCAUUCGCCACCAUGUCCUUGGAACUAUCACCACCGACAAAAUGAUGGAUGUCACUGUGACUAUCAAGUCGUCCAUCGACAGUGAACCCGCCUUGGUCUUAGGCCCUCUGAAGUCUGUGCAGGAGCUGCGGAGGGAGCAGCAGCUGGCUGAGAUCGAGGCCCGCAGGCAGGAGAGGGAGAAGAACGGCAAAGAGGAAGGCGAAGAAAGAAUGACCAAGCCUCCCGUGCAGGAGAUGGUAGAUGAGUUACAAGGCCCCUUCUCGUAUGAUUUCUCUUACUGGGCACGGUCUGGAGAGAAAAUCACUGUUACACCAUCAUCUAAAGAGCUGCUCUUUUAUCCUCCUUCAAUGGAAGCCGUUGUCAGUGGAGAAAGCUGCCCAGAGAAGCUGAUCGAGAUCCACGGGAAGGCAGGCCUGUUUUUAGAAGGCCAGAUCCACCCCGAGUUGGAAGGAGUCGAGAUUGUCAUCAGUGAAAAGGGGGCAAGUUCACCCCUGAUCACAGUCUUUACUGAUGACAAAGGUGCCUACAGUGUUGGCCCCCUGCACAGUGACCUGGAGUACACGGUGACCGCACAGAAGGAGGGCUCUGUUCUAACUGUGGUGGAAGGAACCAUCGGAGACUUCAAGGCCUAUGCCCUGGCAGGUGUAAGCUUUGAGAUAAAAGCUGAGGAUGACCAGCCCCUCCCGGGAGUCCUCUUAUCCCUGAGCGGUGGCCUGUUUCGUUCCGACCUCUUGACCCAGGACAACAGCAUUCUGACAUUCUCAAACCUGAUCCAUGUUCCUGGGAAGACAAUCAAAGCUUCAGGUGCAUUUGGCUACCUCAUGGGCCGUUUGAACAUUUCAGUUGUCAAUUGUCAUUUUCAAUGCAUGUUUUCUGGUUGCUUUCCCAUGCAAGAGGGCUGACAUCACAACAGUAGAUCAUUAUGGUACAGUGUAUUUUCACCAGGUACUGAAAGCUUUUUAUGGCUCACUGACUGGGGACAGUCAAUUCCUUCACAAUCUAGAACCUGAAGAUUGGAUCUUCUGAGAACAUCAGAGAAAGAAUGUCCUUGGCAUCCACACUACAGCAAAACUUCAGGACCUUGAACUUUGGGUUCAUAAUCUCACAAGAGGGAAGUUUUUUGCUGGAAGAAGAUGGCAUCCUUGAUGUGAACAGCUUUUCCCAAGAUCACAGAUCAAGACUUCUCGUUGUUUUUUUUUU